GGAAAGCAAAGUGUGGUUAAGUUAAACGCGAAAAAGUGUAAUCGUCCAAUAAUAUACAUAUAAAUGAAUUAAUUCAAGUUUAAAUUAUUCCAUCAAAAAUUUAAAAAAAAAUAUAGUAAACAAAUUUAAUGUGAUUUACUAAAUUGAAUGUUCUUAAGAAAAUUAUUUAAAUUAAAGGAAGAGAAAAAAUUUAGUGGAAAAGAAUAAAGAAAAUUUGCUGUUACUGCUGCUGCUGCUGUACCUAUACAAAAAAAUUGGAGUGGCGUUGCUAAAUAAAGGGAUUAUAAAUAAAUCUUGCAUAUAUUCUGAAGAUUGUAUUCCUAAUCAAAACUUCAAGACGUUUGCGGCGGCGAUUUCUAAGCUCGCAAUUUACUUGGAACAUUGGGUAAAAUUAAAUGCAGAGACGCUUACCAUCAGGCUGUUAUUAUGAAAGGAAAUUUGUACAAAAUGUCUCGUAAUAAGGACAAAUACGAGAGUGCAAACAGAAGGCAACAGGUUUUUAUGAGUCCAGAAGAUGUAGCUGCUGGUAAGAAAUCAAAUUGGACGGGCAUAGAAAUAACUGGUUCUGUGAGGAAUAUUAGUCCUUCUCUUUGGGAAUUUGAUCACCUAACUGCUCUUUAUCUUAAUGACAACCAAUUAUUGCGAUUACCUGCCGAUGUAGGUUUACUAGUUAAUUUACGGACCUUAGAUAUAUCUAGUAACAAAUUAAGAAGUCUGCCAGCUGAGUUAGGUGAACUUAUACAACUCAGAGAACUAUUACUCAAUAACAAUUUUUUAAGAGUUUUACCAUAUGAAAUAGGUAAACUUUUUCAUUUAAUUCAUCUCGGACUCUUAGGAAAUCCCUUACAAAAAGAGUUUCUAUCAAUUUACAAUGAACCAAAUGGCACCCAAAAGCUGUUGUCAUACAUGUUAGAUAAUUUAUCAAUAUCAGUAACUCCACCACCUCAAAGACCAUGGAUACCAUUAGCAAAACCAAAUAAGUCUAGACCAGCCUGCAUUUUUACGGUAAUGUGCUAUAAUGUUUUGUGUGAUAAAUAUGCUACACGACAAAUGUAUGGCUACUGCCCUUCUUGGGCUCUUUCUUGGGAAUAUAGGAAGAAAGCGAUACUGGAUGAAAUUCGCCAUUAUUCAGCCGAUAUUAUUAGUCUUCAGGAAAUAGAAACUGAUCAGUUUUAUAAUUUCUUCUUACCUGAGUUGAAGGUUGACGGUUUCGAGGGUAUAUUUUCACCAAAAUCACGUGCAAAAACUAUGUCUGAAGUUGAAAGAAAAUAUGUGGAUGGAUGUGCAAUUUUCUUCAGAUCAGCAAAGUUUAGUCUUAUUAAAGAACAGCUUAUUGAAUUUAAUCAGCUAGCUAUGGCUAAUGCAGAGGGUUCCGAUAAUAUGUUAAAUCGUGUGAUGCCGAAGGACAAUAUUGGUUUAGCAGCACUACUUAAAGUUAAAGAAACCGCUUGGGAUCCGAUGACCGAGGUAACACAAAUAACACAGCCAUUGCUUGUUUGUACCGCACACAUACAUUGGGAUCCAGAAUUUUGUGAUGUUAAACUGAUACAAACAAUGAUGCUCAGCAACGAAUUGAAAACUAUUAUCGAUGAAGCCAGUCACAGCUUUAGACCAGGCCAUAAGAAUGAUGCAAACAGUGUACAGUUAUUGCUAUGUGGGGAUUUUAAUUCGUUGCCAGAUUCCGGAGUGAUUGAAUUCCUUGGUGAAGGACGUGUUUCGAUGGAUCAUACGGACUUUAAGGACAUGGGCUAUAAAGCAUGCCUACAACGUUUACUCUCAAAUGAUACAAAUGAGUUUACACAUUCGUUUAAGUUGGCUUCAGCAUACAGUGAAGACAUUAUGCCGCAUACCAAUUACACAUUUGAUUUUAAGGGUAUCAUUGAUUAUAUUUUUUACACGAAAACCGGAAUGGUGCCAUUGGGUUUAUUAGGCCCCAUUUCGAAUGAUUGGUUGCGUGAAAAUAAAGUUGUUGGUUGCCCCCAUCCGCAUAUACCAUCAGAUCAUUUUCCAUUGUUAGUGGAAUUAGAGUUAAUGCAUACGGCUGGACAGCAAGCACCGCCAAACGGACUUAUCAAUCGACGGUAGCAAUAAAAUUUAAAGAAACCAUUGCAUAACUCUAAUAAAAAUAUAAAUAGUGUUAAAAAUCAUUAUAACAAA